AUGAAGCAGAAUCGUGCAGACAUGACAUGCGGAAGUGGUCGCUCCUGGACGAUCUUUGUGACCAAACCCCAGCUUGCAGUCGCGCUCAGCUCAUCGUACCGAACACUUUGGCCAGCCACUAACCAUACGGCCAUCAUGAAUGUGUGGUGCCUUGCUCAGGAUGGCCCUUAUGCAGCAGCCAUGACCCAGCUGGAUAUGGGGAUGCAUGAGCUCACAUCCGGUCGAAGCAGUCUUGGCACAGCCUAUUACGUGCGAAGCUUAUCCGCCCGGAGCUCACCAGCCGCCUUCCAAAAUGAGACUUCAUUGUACUUCCGGAAACCCCAUCGGUAUCGCGCUCAAAGGGACAAAACACUGCGAGUCUGCAACAACAGUUGGGCUGGGACCGCUGAGUACCGGCAGCCAACCUGUCGAUCAAACUGGUUGAACACCUCACCAGCAUGGACACUUUCUUUUCUAAUGGGACCAUUCCAUCACGUGGAGGAGAAGCAGAGUACAGGCGUCGAUUCUUGCAGGAGGCGAGAUUCGAGCGCGUACGACUAUAGACAGGUUGCAAGUCUGUCGCUGCAUUGGAUCGCCAUCCCGGUGAUGCUGGGUUUGCGUAGCGUCAAAAACUACCAGAAAGUAGCUCCUUCGGCCCCAUCCGAGUCGCAAGCAAGCUCGUGCAAAACCACAUCUCUAUCAAACUCACCUCAUUUUCGGGACGCCGAGCGCUUUAUCUCUCCAGCCUAUGCUCACGACAGAUUCUCUCCUGCCUUAGUUGAUAAUCAUCAACGGUCAUGGAGACGUUGCGAGCGCCAAAGAAACAGCGUGACGAGAGCGGAGAUCUUUCCUGUCAUGGCCAUCGCUGGAGUGAUGGUUUCACUUUCAAUCGCACUCCCUUACGAGCGCGCUUGGACUGAGCAGCCUUUCCUCCUCGCGCCAACUGCCAUUCUCAUUCAGCACAUCCGUCGACCGUUGACCGUUACCAUCAUGGCAGAUGACGCAAAUUUCUUGUCCCUCCCGGUAGAGGUCAGACUCCACGUCUACUCAUACCUGUUCCAGAACGAGUGGAUUUACAUCAAUCCUCGGACCGAAACCUCACCACUUCGACAGCAACACGAUCCAGGGCAAUGCAUCGCUCCACUCCUCUACACUUGCCAACAGAUUCGAGAAGAAGCUAGUCAGAUAUACUUCAGCAAUCUGAAGAUCUUCCUCGAUAUUCACACAUUCAACUCCAACGGCUUGCGUGAAUGGCUCCAGCAUAUAGGCGAAACCAAUGUUCGACAUCUGCGACACUUCAACGUGCGAUGGAACAAUUAUGUGGAUAUCAGCAUCGAUUUGGCACAGCAAAAGCACGGCCAGGAAACAGCAGACGUCGAUUUACAGUCUAAACGACAGCGACAGCACUGUCAUGAUGAGCACCAACAAUGUCUCACACCGCGGAAGACACGCAGACUUUAUUCUCGCCAUGCGCCUACAAGCGCCCCACGAAACCCUCCUCCUCAGCUCCCCAUCGGAGCUCCAUCACACACAACCACCACCAACCAACAAUCCUUCCCAUACCUUCCAUAUCAGCCCACUCACGACCCCCUCACAAAGCAACUAUCUUUCCAUCGCCCCAUAACCAGACUCCCCACAUCAACGAAAUCCGGCCCCAAGCAUACUUUAACCACCAAAGCCGUUCCAAUUUUUGGUUUGAAUUUCGCAAACGAUUAUUGGCAUCUCAACGGCACGGAGAAAUUCUGUGAUGCCCUUUCCCGGAAUUUGUCUACAAGGUUGGAAGGAAUUUUAGAUGGGGGACAUGAAAGGUUUUUGAAAGCGGGCGAGAUUAUGAGGUUUGUUGAGGAGAUUGAUGAGCAUGCGGGGGCGUUGAGGUGGUUGUGGUUUUGGUAG